CGGGGCUGCCUCCCGCCAUGCGUGCUGGUAGCGGCUGCGCUGGGCAGCUCCUCGCUCCCGGGGCCGGGUAACCGCGGCGGAGGCGCCCGGACGGCGGGACCAUGGUGAAGGAGGAGUGCAAGGCGCUGCUGGAUGCGCUCAGCAGGGUGACCGCCUGCUACCGGCACAUGGUGCUGACCAUCGGCGGCACCUCGGACUCGCAGAACCUGCGCGAGGAGUUGAAGAAGACCCGGCAGAAAGCCCAGGAGCUGGCGGUGGCCAACAGGAACAAGCUGACCACGGUGCUGAGGGACAAAACCGUGAGUAAGGAGGACAAAGCCGAGUUCGAGAGACUAUGGGUGAUUUUCUCCACGUGCCUAGAGAUCCUGGAGAUCGACAUGAGGAGAGCCCUGGAGCUGGGGCACGAAUUCCCGCUGAACGUCCCCAAAAAGCACCUGAUCCAGACGGGCAUGAGCGGGGGCACCUCCGGCGUGGCCGCCCGGGCCAUGAGCGUCCAGAACAUGAAGUACGAGGCUGAGCACAACAUAGAUGUGGUGGAUCUGAAGGACCUAGAGAACGAAAUCAACCAGGUAGGAGAAAUGAUGUACGAGAUGGAAAUGAAGGUCAAUGUCCCCCAGUGGACAGUAGAGGCUAAGCAAGACCCUGGGGCUGAACUCAAAUCCACCAUCAGCGUGGGCGCUUCUUCCAUUGGCAUGAUCUCUGUGGAGGAAAAUAAAUCCUUCUGCGAUAUCAGCAAAGUUCUGGCUGGGAUUAUUUUCUCCGCUGUUCUCAUUAUUGCUAUCGUACUGGCAGUGUGUGUGGUAAAACUCUCAUAGACUGUGCUGGCACUAGAGAGCUCUCACAGGGCCGCCCAAAAGUGCUUCGUGCCACGCGUCUCUUGUCACUUGGGUGCACUGAGAAUCUAAACCUAGCACUUGGAAACAUAACGAAAAACUUUUGCCUCUCUAAAUCCUGAAAUGCACAGUUCCUUUCAUGCUUUUUGAAGAAAAAGAUGCAAAUCAGCCUGCAAACUAGGAUGUGUUCAUUAGCUGGACUUGUAAGGGUUAACUGUGAAGUAUUGAGGGUAUUAUCACUACUGGCUAUAAGGGCGAUUUGUCUGCUAUUAAUAGAUCAUCACUCUCAGAAGCCUGUAUUUUUUGUUCUUGAAUAGGCUCUGCAGUUUGCUGCUGCUCACUGUUUACAAUGUUUCUGACUGACACAAAUUUGGAGGCCAACACAGGUGUUUUGCGUGACAGUGAAUAGAAUAGAUCGAGACUUUUUUCAGCAAUACACAAGAUAUUAUUUCAGUGGAGGAAAAAGGGAAGAAUGGACACACCAAUAAGAGAAUGUAAAUGUCUAUUUCAGUAAAGGUUAAUGAUCAGGAAAAGGGGAGUGUGGAGGAGAACAGAGAAAACUAGCAAUAUUCAGCAAGUACAGUUUGUAGCUUUAGACUGGGUUGCAUAGAAGCCAGCUACCAGGGUUGGCACAGCACAUAUUGAUGGCUUUCCACAUCCUGAGAGAGAAAAGGGAGAGCUGCAUAGUCAGAAAAAUGCUAGCAAGCCCUGUGGUUUUCUUCCACAUUAACCAUGAUCUUGUCUCCCCCUGCAGAAAGGCUGAUUCUUACCACUGGUUCAGAUUCUUUCUGUAGAUGCAAUCUGUCUGAACUUCACAGUUAACUAUGAGAUGAGGAGCAGUGAAUCCAUCUACAUCAGAUGCAAUAAUUUUUGACAAUAGUUUGGCAAACAGCAGUGAUGUAAUGUGAAAGCAGACCUUUCUAGUCAUCCUGAAAGAGAUCCUCUCUCAUGUUGAAGGCAGAGACUUUGGCCUCUUGACAUACAGUCAGUCACAUUUCUGCAAACUCCUGAGGUCUUUGCAGAAAUCCAGAUAAAGCUUAAAAAAAUCUGUUUCAUCUCUCAUUCAUUUCUGAGAAAUCAUUUGGGAAAGAGGAAGUCUGUGGUACUGGAUGCAUAACUGGUCCAAUUGGAUGCCCCACAGUUUGGGAAGAUAAAAGCAAGAGCAGCAGAAAACUUUCCCAAUGUUUACCUAAAAAUUGCCUGUUUAAAUGUAGAACUGAGGGGACAUUAACUUUGCAGAGAAGCACUGUUAUGUCUUAUAAAAGGACCCAUGUGUUAAUGUUCUUUAUUAUGUAAGUUAUGGAGAUUUGUUCUGUUCAUGUAAAUACACACCAUUCAUUCAAGAAUGCUUAGUACAGACAUCGUAGUGCAUAUGAGACACUCCAGAGGGAGUGAUAGAGACCCGAUCACAUGGGGGUUUUAAUACAUAAUUAGUCUGCCACACCGUUUACUAUGGACACAUUAUCAAAAGGUAAUAAUCAGAUAUGUCUGGUGAAAUUACUAGAAAAUAAUCUUUGUUUGUUAACAAAAGUAUGUUACCAACAUAUAUGAACAGGUGAUAACUUUUUGAGUUAAGGACGAAACUUUUAAGAACAGCAGCAGGUGACUUUUUAAUAUGUAAUAAAACCGGGUUUGGGUAAAAAAAAAGUCUGUAACAAAUUGAAUCUAGUGAGGAAAAGGAACGCUAAGUGAAGGCUGGAAUUGUGAGUUAUGCACACUGAUCAGUCUAGACUUGAUUCACAUAGGAAUUAAUGUAUAAGACUCCACGUUCCUUUCUACGAUGUUUCACUCAUUCCAUAGGAUGUGUUUUGUGUACAAAACUUAGGUUUGUAUAGAUUCCCAGCAGCACUCUUAAACAGUCAAGCCUGUUUUAAUUGGUGCUACUGCUUCAGUCUGUCUAGACAUAUAUGAGGUGUAAUAGCUGUGUUUUGAUUUAAUUGUGAAGAACUCUUUCACAAUAAUACUGUGUAAACACAUUUAUGGAAAAUGCAGCAAAAGCUGCAGAAUGUACUGUUCAGGAUGGCCACCACUAGUCACUAAGGGUUUGUGAGUGUUUUCACUCCCUGCAGUCUCAUGAUACUUAGUUCACAUGAAGGUGCAUCAGAAGUUGGACUUUUUUCUUUGCUUCUUGAAAAAGUCAUAUAUAUAUCAGAUAAUUUGAACUCAUGUUCUGAAAACCCUAGGCAUGCAAGCCAGGUUUCUGGUGGAUAAAAAACAUGGUAAUAUAACAUCUACUGCAUUCAUUAUUUUGUACUUUGUUAUCCUAAAUGGAUGUAAUGUUUAGCAACAGUUAUUUGUAUAGAGGGAUUUUUAAGACUCAUCUUCAAAAGUAAGCCACACUGAAUUCAUGAGCUGGAAAUUUUCAGUCCAUUACUUUUUUUCUUUGAUUUUCAAUAACACAGGACCUGAAGACUUGAUAAUUACGUAAGUCUUACUCCAUUUGAGUGUGCACACAGUUAGUAAAGGAUCGAACCUUGAAAAAAUAAUGUCUUUUCAAAUCUUAAGACAAAGGUGACUGCAGAUUUAUCCACUAUUAAUGUGUUCAUUAAAGUCUGUAUUUUCUUAUAUAUGAAAUCAAAAGAUGAAGUAGAAUUCUAAGAGGAUUGUUACAGUCUCUUCUAAAUGAAUAGUGUUCCUGUUAUUAAUCUCCUGUUAAGAAAAGCACACUUGAUACAAGUGUAUGCACAAUGUGACAGAGUUCAGGAGCGUGAGUACGCAAAUCAAAACAGUAUGAAACACCACUGUCCAAAAGUAUUGAUGUUUCUUUUAAAUUAAGAAAUAAAUAAAUAUGCUAGAUUCACAGAUUUUUUCCCACUGGAGUGCGAGUGAAAGGAAAAUGGAAAUGCUAUUUUUGUAAAUAAAAAAAGUCAAAUUUCAAAUACUCUGAAUUUAGUGUGAUGAGAAUACAAAUACUCUGCUGCUGACCAUUGAAUGAGAAUGUCACUGUGUUUUCACUACAAAUGAAGAUGCUCACUGCUUAAUUUGAAUCUUGUUCUACUUCAGUUUUUUUGUCCUUAUUCAUAGGACACACAUUAAAUUUGCUGUAUACUGAAAUCUUACUGCUGACUUGAAUUACAUUGUUUUUGCCUGUGCAUGAGUGGUAUUUUCUACACUUGAAUGAAACUUGUUAUUGUCACUGUUUAUUUAACUUAAAAUAAAGUAUGUUCUUAAAACUUAAUGGUUGGCUUACAGCAGUGAUUUAAAGCAAACAAAUGAAAACUGGAAUAUCGAUGCACAUUUUCUUCUAAAGAAAAAGUUCCUAUUUCAACUACAGAAAUUAAGCUAACGUGCUAAGCCUUCACAUUAAGUUUUCUUUAAAUAAACACAGCUUUCUCAUGUACCCAAAGGUGAAUGAUAGAUAGUGGUAGAUGUUUAGAUACAGUGAUGUAUCUAAAUUUAUAAAGCAGGAAAAUCAGGCAUUUGAAAAGUCAAAAAAUCUCUGCCUUAAGGAUAGCAGGCAUGAUGUUGCUUUCAGCACUGCUUGCUCAGGACUGUUGAGUAAAUACUCAACCACUGGCUUUGAAAGUUGAAAUCUAGAGAACAUUUUAGGUUAGACUAACAGAUCCUCUUGUGUUAGGAUCCAAAUGCUGUCCUCAUUUUUCUAGCAUUUACUUUAACAAAAGAUAUUCACAUUUGAAGGAGUAUAAAAUUUAGUCCUGUGGUAUUGAUAGCAACAAUGAUCAGCAGUUGUAUCAAACUAUUUGAAUUGAGGUCUGCUAAAUGCAGCAAUAUGUAAUUUUGUUCCAGGACUCCUAGUCCAUAAAUGUAAGAAAAUGCUAGUUUUUUAAUUUGCUAACAAAAUGAAUGCAGAACCACAGUUAAGUGACUCUCCUCGUUUUGCAGCCCAAACAUCACUUUAAACUUAACAGCAUUGUGAACAUGAAUUAAAAUCGGUUUCAAAAUUCUUCAAGUAAACAUGGAAGCUUUUAUGGGAAUGCUGUUAUUUAACAACCAAGUAAACUGGCUGAUACCAUUAGCUUCUGGACUAAAAAUUAAACACAUCCUUACUGUUUACAGUCUGAAAGGAUUGGUUAUGUGCUUUAUUUUCCAUCUUAUAAUACAAGGUUUGUAUUAUUUAUGUAUAUUUUCCAGAAAUCUAUUAUAUUUAAGUGCUAAUGGAACUCCUACUCAACAUAUUUACCCUUCACAGAUUUUCAUUAUGUAAAAAGUCAUUCAGGAAGACCAGUGGAUUAUAGAUCUCUAAGUGCUCUCUCUCAAUACGAUUAUGUAAGUCUUCUAAUGCGGGAAGAGAUCUGGACAAAAUAGUAGUCUACACGUGAGCAGCAUUUGCUAUGGUAAGCAUACAGUAAAAGUAGGAUUAGAGAAGACUGUCUUUCUCAUAAAAUUAUCUGUAUGUGCUGAGGGAAGGACAAGGUACUGAAAGGAGACAGAUGUGUGCACAUACUGUCUUCAUUUUACACACACAACGUAUGUUUUUUGUUAAGUAGCAAAAAACAGCAUCAGGGUAUUAGGCUGUGACUUCUCUGUAAGAACAUAAUGUCUUACAUCCAUCCAGAGUGACCAGGAAAAUACAGCAUAUCUGACUGGAGCUGACUAGCCAUUCUCUGAUUAACUGAAUACAAAAUAAGAGUAAAAUUAUAAAAAAAAAAUUUAAUUAG